CUGAGGAUUACAAGCAUGCGUGCUUUGUCCAUGGUGAUUCUGUGCAUUCGAGUGAAUGCCCAUGGUUAAUUGCUUAUUCCAUUCUAGAUCGUUUACCGUGCACUCAUACUUUCCUCGUCGCUUCUCUGUGUUCCUCCUCCGCCUACGUUCUUUGCAUAUUCAGAUAUUGCUCAAGUGAAGUAUGGGGUCCAUAGGAGAACCAUCCAAGGCCCCACCUAUAUUGGACUUCUCAGCUUUUCACAGCAGCGAUUCUGAAGUCCGCUCAAACCUCAUCCAGCACAUAAGGUCUGCCUGCCAAGACAAAGGUUUCUUCCAGCUCACCAACCAUGGCAUAUCUCCUGAUCUCCGAAAUCGUGUGUCCUCGGCAUGCAAAUCCUUCUUCGCUCUUCCUCUCGAAGAGAAGUUGGAGCUUGAUAUGAAGAAGAAUAAAUACAACCGUGGCUACGAGAAACAUGGUGCACAAAUGCUAGAACCAGGUACGGCACCGGAAAGUAUAGAAGGUCUGUAUCUAGGAGAAGAUCUGCCCGCAGAUCAUCCAAGAGUUCUGAGAGGAGAUCACAACUGUGGACCAAACCUGUGGCCCAAGAGUCUAGGCAAAGACUUCGAAGACGUGUGCACGGAGUACUGGAACGCCAUGCGUAGUGUUGCGAUCGAUGUCAUGAGAGCACUAGCACUAGGGUUGGGCCUGGAAGAAGGUUGGUUUGAUGAAUUCACAGACAGUCCAGUGGGCACACUGAGGUUCAUCCACUAUCCUCCAACACCCACAACAAGUGAAAAGGAACGAGGGAUUGGCGCACAUCGAGAUUUCGGCUGCAUCACCCUGCUCAUGCAAGACGAAGUCGGCGGCCUCCAAGUCCUGGAACCGAGCACUAGCGAAUGGCUCGACGUGAAGCCUAUCCCAGGAGCCUACGUCGUAAAUCUGGGCAACUUGAUGAUGCGAUGGACAAAUCACAAAUACACAUCCGACCUGCAUCGAGUGAUGAACUACUCCGGACGAGAUAGAUACUCGAUACCUUACUUCUUUACUGGCAACCCAAAAUUUAUGUUUGAUUGUAUUCCAGGUUGUGAAGGUGGCGAGGGCUGGAAGAAGCCUGAAAAGAUGAUGGUUCGGGACUUUUUGAAGGAGCAGUUUGAUACUAGCUAUGCUAGGGUGAAGACGUGAUGGGGGAGGUCUAAUUUAUGAGCUUCAAGACUUCAAGGAAAGAAGCGGCGAUGGGUUUUGCGUGAUCUUAGUCUUACUCUUGGACUUCCUGCAACAUUCGUCUUCCUUCCAGCUCAACUAUCAGGGACUGCCCAUGGGCAGGAUGCUGUGAUUGUCACGUGACUCUUCUCCAC